CACAGAAGUCAGCAGCAGCGGUUUUCACAGCAAAACACGUCGGAAACAAUGUCCUCUCCCGCGGCGAAGAAGGCGAAGAAGACCUUUGUGGGGGAGAAGGUUGUCCUUGCUUAUUCGGGAGGACUGGACACGUCUGUCAUCCUCAAGUGGCUCUCCGGCCAGGGCUUCGAGGUCAUCUGCUACUGCGCCAAUGUCGGGCAGCAGGGAGAGGACUACGACGCCAUCACCAAGAAGGCCAAGGACUGCGGGGCGUCCAAGGUGUACAUCGAGGACCUCUGCGAGGAGUUCGUGACAGACUUCGUGUUCGAGGCCGUCAAGGCCAACGCCCAGUACGAGGGCCGCUACCUCCUGGGAACGAGCCUGGCGCGACCGGUGAUCGCCAAGCGCCAGGUGGAGAUCGCGCAGAAGGAGGGGGCCAAGUACGUGUCUCACGGGGCCACCGGCAAGGGUAACGAUCAGGUUCGCUUCGAGAUGUGCGCGCAGGCGCUCGACUCUAAGAUCACAACCAUCGCUCCGUGGAGGGAUGCCGAGUUCCUCGAGAAAUUCAAGGGCCGCGGGGACCUCCUGGCCUACGCCACGGAGCAGGGCAUCCCGGUUUCGUCUACCCCCAAGGCGUCGUACUCUAUCGACGAGAACUUGUACCACACUUCGUACGAGAGCGGCAUCCUGGAGGACCCCAUGACCGCCCCCCCGCCGGAGAUGUUCAAGAUGACUGUCGACCCCCUCAAGGCACCGGACAAGGUCGAAUCUCUCAGGAUCGAGUUCGCGAAGGGAAUCCCCGUCAAGGUGACGAACAAGACCGACGGCACCGUAAAGGAGAAGCCGUUGGAGCUGUUCUGCUACCUGAACGAGGUUGCGGGCCGAAACGGCAUCGGCCGCAUCGACAUCGUAGAAAACCGGUUUGUGGGGAUCAAGUCUCGAGGGAUCUACGAGACUCCCGCGGGGACUCUUCUCCGAGAAGUCCACCUUGACCUGGAGGGGCUUUGCCUUGACAAGGAGGUUGUUCGCAUCCGCGACCAGCUGAGCGAAGAGUUUGCUCGCCUUUGCUACAACGGCUUCUGGUACGCCCCUGAGAUGGAGCUCGUCAAGCACGCCAUCGACUUCAGCCAAAGGGACGUGGAGGGAGCGGUGGAGGUUGCGCUGUACAAGGGCAACAUGACCGUCACCGGCCGCGAGAGCGCCAAGAGCCUCUACAGCGCGGACCUUGCGUCCAUGGAGAUCGAGAACGGCGGCUCCAUCGAUUACGAACCCGCGGACGCACAGGGCUUCAUCCGCAUCAACUCCACCCGCCUGAAGGCGUACCACUCCCUCCGCGGCUGCCCCGCUUCUCUCAAGACGGACUUCUAAUUCGCUUGGGAAGCAAAGGCCGCGCACGCAAGCGCCACACGCACCCAGACACGUAGCGCCGUUGGAGAAUGCACUUUCCACGGGAAAUAGAGCAGUGUGAUGGCACUCAUCUUGAAAUAGUUGCGGGCCGCAGGAUCGCAGUGCGCGGCUAGCCGUAUGUAUGUGUGUUGCCUUUUCGUCAAUUCUACUACUACGCACACUUGUGGUUGUGUUUGCAUGCUUUGCACACUUGAAAGCCACCAUACUUUCGUCUGCGUAUUCGGUAUGGGGGGUUCGGCGUGCAAUGUCGAUGGACGAGUUUGUAACCGCGUGCAAGAACGGCACGGUUUUCGGAAAGUACAGCGUUCUUCUCUU